AUGGUCGCGGAGUACUACUCUGGAGGAGGCGUCCCUCCUUCAAAUCAUCAUCAUCAUCAUCACAAAGACGUCCGCUUGCACCUCGCUUUGUUCGCGAUACAAUGCGUCUGCGCGAUAUACAACACCUUGUGCCAACUUUUCUUGAGUAAAAAUGAUGAGAGUAAAGAUGAUUGGCGCGCGGUGUUGGUGUUUUCCUUGUACAGGGACGUUUUAGCGGCGCCGUUGCUCUACGUGUGCGCGUUUUUGCACGAUUCUCACCAACAACAUGUCAGCGGUGGAGUCUCGUCAAACUUCAGAUGGUUCCCGAGUUCGCAAGAUUUUCCGCGAGUGUUAUCGCAAGCGUUUCUGGGGAUUUUUUGCAACCAACUCGCAUCUUUACUCGGGAUUCAACUCGUCGGAGCAGUUAUGGCGUCUUUAGUACAUCUGGCGACACCGAUGUGUGCGAUGGCGAUCGCGGUGUAUUUAGGACAAGAGAAGUUGAACGCGUUCAUAGCGAGCGGAGUGGUGGUGGCGUGCGUAGGCGCGAUGAGUAUGAGCGCGAUUGACGCGUACUUGAAAGACGUCAGCGUGGAAGAGGAGAAAAAAGAGAGCUCGCCGGUUGGGUUGUUUGCGUUGUUUGCGGGGAGUUUAGCGAGCGCGGUGUAUUAUAAUUUACAAAAGAUUACGUUGAAGAAGAAAGAGAACGUGCCGUUGAUGGUGACGGCGUGGGAGUACGCGUUCGGGGCGUCCAUGAUGGCGUUGUGUGCGGUGAUUUGCGUGCCGUUUGGUAAUGAGGCAGAAGUAUACGCGUACGAUGGCGAGAACAGCGUGUCGUCCAUAGCCGCAAACGCCAUCACCUCGGGAGGAAGGAGCGCUGCGAAUAAAAGGUGGGUGUUGGAAACGGAAGGCUUGUACGCUCUCUUCUUCGCCGUCGUGUUCAACUCCAUCUUAAAGUACGCUUUGAGCGCGUAUUGCAACAAAAGAGCCGGAGUGACAUUACUCACCGUCUAUUCCACGCUACAACCCGUAGUCACCGCCGUUUUAGCGCUUUUACUCUUAUCCCAACCCUUACGGUGGGGCUACGUCGGCGCGUUUGCCAUUUUUUACGGCGUCUGGUUAGUCGCCAAAGGAAGAGAUCUGAACGCGACGAGCGGGAAGAUGAAGUACGACGAUUCCGCGCCAACAACAACAUCAACAACAAUAUCAACAUCGAAUACUAAUAACACUAGAAAUAAAAAAGAGGAACAACCGUACAGUAGUCUUAGCAAUAGCAAAGAGUUACGCGAGACUAAUAGUACCGCCAAUUUUCCGCCCUUUUUAGCGCGAGAUGAUGGGUGUUACUGCCGACAGUGUCCCCCGGAUGAUUAUUCGCCCGUUUCCUCCUCCUCCGCUUCUUUUGAUGAAGGAGAAAACAAGGAAAAUUUUGGACUCGAUUCCCCGCCAAAGAAGAAACCAAAUCCACUCUCGAAGGAAAAACGAGAGCGCUAUUUAUCCUGGGACGAUUAUUUCAUGACCGUGGCGUUUUUGAGCAGUCAGAGGAGCAAAGAUCCGAAUAAACAAGUUGGGGCGGUGAUUGCGUCGGAGUCAAAGUUGAUAUUGGGUGUGGGAUACAACGGUUUUCCGCGAGGGUGCGGCGACGACGCCUUACCGUGGGCCAAGAAAAGUCCCACGGGCGAUCCUCUCGAAACCAAAUACGCGUACGUGUGCCACGCGGAGAUGAACGCCAUCAUGAACAAAAAUUCCGCGGACGUGAAGAACGGAACCAUGUACGUGACCAUGUAUCCGUGCAACGAGUGCGCGAAGUUGAUGAUUCAAGCCGGGAUUAGAGAGGUGGUGUAUUGCGAAGGGAAGUUGAACAAGGACGAUCGCGAUAAUAAUAGUAAUAAAAAUAGUGCCAGUAAGAACAAUAAUAAUAAUAAUAAUAAUAAUAGUAAGAAGGUGUUCGGAGAGAACGCGAAGAACAUCAUCGACGGAGCAGCAGUAGCGACCACCGCGGCAGAGAAAAAAGAGGAAAAGAAAGUCGACCCGUCCUAUUUUGCGAGCCAGAAGCUCCUCGCGUUGGCCGGUGUCACCGUUCGGCAAUUCGAGCCGAAAGUGAAAGUCGAUUUGACGUAUUUACGCGAUUAA